AUGCUUUUGCCCAAAUGUCCUGCAAACUGGAACGAUAAAGCGUUGGCCAAAGCAAGUGGAAAAAUUGCCAGUUGCAUAGUUGAAGAGGCACAUUAUGAACUGCAACUAAUCAAAAGUCCUGGCGCCAGUUCAAAGCGUCAUUCACGUCGCAUGGUGACGAUGCAGGAUGGGAAUUGUCGGACGAGCUUCGAAACGGAACGCUAUCAACUCUCCAGACAAGACGCUUCUGUAAGCCAUGCUCGACGAAGUCCUCUUGGGAGUUUCAAUGUUUGUUUAAACUGCAAGGCGCUGGGACGGAAGCAGGCCGUGAAUUUUGAUUUUUAUGCAUUUUUGAAUGAAACAUAUUGUUUUGUUAUCAAAGCCGUAACUGCAGAAGAGCAAGGCUAUGAGUUUUGGAUUUACUUGGUUUACAAUCCACAGCACAGGACGAAAGAUUCAACUGGCGACAGUGACAUAGUUCAUAUGGUGGCUAGAGAGCUGAAGUGGAUAAAGAGGAGGGAGGGGAGUGGCAGCACUCAAAUUCAUUAUCUUACUGUUUUAAUAGGGAAAGCAGCAUGGAAUUGCUGA